GCUUAAACAGCACCCACUGCGGGCCAAUAAACAAAGAUCGAGGCAUCCAGCGUUUGGAGGCGAUGCUCUUUGCCAUUGACAAGAUCAACAACGACUCAUCGCUGCUGGGCAACAUCAAACUGGGCGCCAUCAUCCUUGACACCUGUUCUUCGGACACCUACGCCCUAAACCAGUCGCUGGAGUUCAUCAGGGCGUCCAUCAACACGGUGGAGGCGUCGGCGUUUGAGUGCCGAGAUGGCGGCAUGCCCCGCUCAAAGUACGGCUGGAAGCACAUCACCGGCGUGGUGGGCGGUUCCUACAGUGAGGUCUCUCUUCAAGUGGCCAAUCUGCUGCGGCUCUUCAAGAUUCCGCAAGUGAGCUACGCCUCUACUGGGACCUCGCUGUCGGACAAGUCUCGCUACGACUUCUUCGCCCGGACCGUUCCGCCGGACACCUACCAGGCCAAUGCCCUCGUUGACCUGGUGGAGCGCUUCAACUGGAGCUACGUCUCGCUGGUGACCAGCGAGGGCCAGUACGGCGACUCGGGCAUGACGGCCUUCCUCCGCGAGGCGAAGAAACGCUCCAUCUGCAUUGCCAUGAACGAGAAGGUGCCGCAGAACGCCGACGCCGCCUACUACAACUCCAUUCUGCAGAACCUGCGCACCAAGCCGAAUGCGAGGGGCGUGGUGCUGUUUCUCCGGGCGGAGGACAACCGCGGCCUCCUCGAGGCGGCCAUGGCGCAGAACUACACGCGCCACUUUAGCUUCAUCGCCUCCGACGGCUGGGGCAAGCAGGACAAGCUGGUGCAGGGCGUGGAGGACGCCGCCGACGGCGCGAUCACCGUAGAGUUGGCCACCAAUGAAAUUGAGGAGUUCAACUACCACAUUGGAAAUCUGACGGAGGAUCACAGUCGGCGAAACCCCUGGUUCAAGGAGUUUUGGCGUGACACCUUUGGCUGCCGUUUUGUGGACGAUCCCAUUGAAAACCUGUCAAUUCCCAUCUGCUCCUCGGAGGAGCGCAUGACCGCCUCCAAUGGGUACAUCCAAGAGUCAAAAGUGCAGUUUGUGGUGGAUGCGGUGUACUCCUUCGCCUACGCCCUCCACCACGCCUGGACCGACCUUUGUCAGCCGCAUCAGGGCUACUGCAAUCGCCUGAAGGAGCUCGAUGGGGAGAACUUCUACAAGCAGUACCUGCUCAAUGUCAGUUUUAUCGACCUCGCCGGCAGCGAGAUGAAGUUUGACAAGAACGGCGACGGUCUCGGCCGCUACAACAUCUACAACUUUCAGCGCAACGUCGAGGGCAACUUUGUUUACCAAAAGGUGGGCGAAUGGUUCGACCAGUACCUCGACCUGGAGCAGGAGAAGAUCAACUUUGGCUUCACCGAGGCGGACACCACCACCGGCCAUCACCUGGCGCAGCACCACUUUGAGAACAAGUUCGGCGACCUGGUGCAGCUAUCGGUGCCCGAGUCGGUGUGCAGCAAACCCUGCGGCGUGGGCGAGAUCAAGAUCGUCCAGGCCGGUGACAAGUGCUGCUGGAUCUGCACCGCCUGCAAGCCGUACGAGUUUGUGGCCAACGAGUCGCAGUGCCUGGACUGCGGCGAGGGCCGGUGGCCCUACCCGGACAAGGCCGACUGCUUCGACCUGGAGCUCCGCUACAUGAAGUGGGACUCCACCUAUGCGCUGAUCGCCAUCGGCGUCUCCGUCUUCGGCAUGGGCCUCACCGUCUUCGUGGUGGCCAUUUUCUUCCGCUACAGCGAGACGCCCAUUGUCAAGGCCAGCGGUCGGGAGCUCAGCUUCAUCCUCCUCUCCGGCAUCUGCUUCUGCUUUCUGAACACCUUCAUUCUGCUGGCCAAGCCGACGCUGCUCAGCUGCUCGUUGCAGCGUUUUGGGGUUGGCUUUGGCUUCUCCAUCAUCUACGGCGCCCUGCUGACCAAGACCAAUCGCAUAUCGCGCAUCUUUGACAGCGCUCGCAAGACCGCCCGACGGCCCAGCUUUAUCAGCCCUCGCUCGCAGGUGAUCAUUACCUUUAUCAUCAUGAUGCUCCAGGCCUUGGGUACCCUAAUUUGGUUUUUGUUAGAAGUGCCCGGCGUGCGAAAGUACUACCCCGAUGGGAAGCGUUCCGAGGUGAUACUGAAGUGUCGCGUCCGUGACAGCAGCUUCCUCCUCUCGCUCUCCUUCAACAUGAUGCUCAUCACUACUUGCACACUGUACGCCAUCAAGACGAGGAAGAUUCCGGAGAACUUCAACGAGAGCAAGUUCAUCGGCUUCACCAUGUACACCACCUGCAUCAUCUGGCUUGCCUUCGUCCCGCUCUACUUCGGCACCGGAAACAGCUUUGAGAUCCAAAUCACCACUCUCUGCGUCUCCAUUUCGCUCUCCGCCUACGUCGCCCUCUUCUGUCUCUUCUUUCCCAAAGUGUACAUCAUCCUCGUGCACCCGGACAAGAAUGUGCGCAAGCUGACGAUGAACAGCGCCACCUACAAGAAGCAACCCGCCACGAGCAGCAGCGUCCCCACCACCUCUUCAAAUCACGAACACGUCAAGCUGGGCGUUUCAGAGGGAGACAAUAAGGUGUACGCGGCGACGGCCACUACUACGGCCAUCAACGCCGGCGCCAGUACUUCCGCCGGAACUGGACCGAAUCUGAUCACCGCCACGGCCAUUAUCAACGUUAACGUUGAAG